CCCUUACACCAAAACACGUGUUUAGGGAAAUGAUCUCUACAAAUUUUUUAUUCAUUUAAUGAAUUAUUUAUUUAUUGACAUCGAAAUCUCAAUAUGAAGUUACAAGAAUCAUCCGUGGAUCCAGCGACAAAGAAAAUGAAGAUUGAAAAGAAGAAAAAGAUCAAGAAUGAAGUUGAAGAAGUUGAAGAAGAAGAAACUCCAGUCAAAAUAAAAAAGAAAAAAGAAAAGAAAUCUAAAGACACUGAGGAGCCAGGGAAGAAAUUGAAAAAAGAGAAAAAAGUAAAGAUAGAAGAAGCUGAAACACCAAGUAAUGUUGAGAGAAAAGAUAAAAAGGAGAAAAAAUCUAAAGUAAAUGGAGCUAAAGCUGAAACAAAUGGUUUAAAAUCAGAAACAAAUGGAGAGAUCAUUUCCAAUGGGAAACAAGAGGAAGAAUUGUCACCACAACAAAAGGCUGGGGCAUUUUCAAACUUCAGAAUUAGCCCAAACACUGUCAAAAAACUACAAAAAAAUGGGAUUACAUAUUUAUUUCCAGUUCAAUCAGAAACCUUUGAUAUUGUUUAUAGUGGAUCUGAUAUUAUCACACAAGCCAGAACUGGAACAGGAAAAACUUUGGCCUUUUCACUGCCUAUAAUUGAGAAAUUACAGUUAGAUAAAUCACCACCACAAAGAGGACGGCCUCCAAAGGUACUGGUCAUGGCACCAACAAGAGAAUUAGCUAAACAAGUCUGUGAAGAUUUUGAAUCCUACUCAUCAUCACUAGUUGUACUGUGUAUUUAUGGUGGAACACCCUAUGGUCCUCAAGAGCGAGUAUUAAGAUCUGGUGUAGAUGUUAUAGUUGGUACACCAGGACGUAUCAAUGAUCAUAUAGAGAAAGGCAAUAUUAAUCUUUCACAGAUUAAACAUGUUAUACUAGAUGAGGUUGACAAUAUGUUAGAUAUGGGUUUUGUGGAGAUUGUGGAACAGAUUCUAGCUUAUGCUUACAAAGUUCAUGCUAUAAUUUCAGAGAGAGAUGAGAAACCUCAAACUAUGUUAUUUACUGCUACUCUACCACCAUGGGUCAGAAAAACAGCUAAUAAAUAUAUGAGAGAAGAUGUCAAAACUAUAGAUUUAAUUGGCAAAGAUUUUAAUAAAACUUCUAAAACACAUUUAGCUAUCAAAUGUAAUCACAGUGAGAGGGCAUCUAUAUUAGGUGAUAUUGUAUCUGUAUAUAGUGGUAAUCAUGGACGAGCAAUGAUUUUCUGUCAAACUAAAAAGGAAGCCGAUGAACUUGCUAUAAGUCCUUGUAUAAAAGUAGAAGGUCAUGUGUUACACGGUGAUAUUGCCCAAGAGAAAAGAGAAUCUGUGUUAAAGGGAUUUAGAGAAGGUAAAUAUAAAGUGUUAAUAACAACUGAUGUUGCUGCUAGAGGAUUAGAUAUACCUGAAGUGGAUAUAGUUAUACAAUGUGAACCUUCAAAGUAUGCUGAUGCUUACAUUCAUAGAUCUGGUAGAACAGGUCGAGCAGGUAGAUCAGGUGUAUGUGUAUGUUUAUAUAGUGCCAGAGAAGAACAUUCAUUACGAGCCCUAGAAUAUAAAGCUGGUAUAAAAUUCAAAAGAACAGGACCACCUACACCAGAAGACAUUAUAAAAGCAGCAUCUGAUGAUGCAUACAGAGCAUUAGAUGAUGUACCUAAAGAAACAAUUCAACAUUUUAUGGAAAAAGCAGAAAGCUUGAUUGAAGAAAAGGGUGCUUGUGAAGCAUUAGCUGCAGCCCUAGCAGUCAUUUCUAAUAAUACAUCUAUAGAAAGAAGAUCACUAUUAACAGCAAAGAAGGGCUAUACAACUUAUAUUUGUCGAACCACAGUGGAAUUAUUUGGGCCAGGCUAUAUCUGGAGAUUUUUAGAAGAUAAUUUUCCAGAAGUGAAAGAUAAAGCUCAAUCAAUGACAUUGUUAAAAGAUAAAAUGGGCUGUGCAUUUGAUAUCCCAACAGAAUUUGAAUCAACAAUAGGUGAUGAAUAUGAGGGACGUAAUGGUAUAGUAAUAUCUAAAGCUAGUGAAAUGCCAGCUUUAAUACAAACACAAAAUAGACCAAUUGGACGAUCUAGUUGGGGUGGAGGAGGAGGAGGAGGGAGUUAUCGUGGUAGGAAUGGUUUUAACAACUAUUCUAAUAAUAGACAUAAUUUCCGUGGAAGUAGUGGUAGCAGCAGUGGAUUUGGAUACAAAAGAAAACCAAUGUUUUCUGAUCAUGGCGGUUCCAAAAGGACUAAAUUUGGUUAAAAAAAAAUUUAAAGUAAUGAAAUAAAAAUACUUUCUUUCAUUGG